AAGUCUGUUUUCCACCUGUCUGCUGGACACUGAAAUUAAUUAAAUCUGCAAGUUUCCAAGCUGUGAACCUCAAAGUGAACGUCUGUUAAAUCAACAGGGAGCUCCAACUAUGACCUCGGCCACUCCCCCCUCCUCAGAGGGCUCCUCUCCCCAGAAAGUGUGCCACUCCCAGACACAGACUGAAAUCACCAAGCCCCUGCUGGGCUCCACAGCGGGAACAGGAAGUACUGGUGCAAGUGGAGGAACAGGAGCAGCAGGGGUGAACGCUCUCCGAAGGAGGCGCCGUGUUCUAUCCAAAGAUGGACGAAGCAAUGUACGCAUUGAGCAUGUGAGUGGGCGAGGAGCGCUUUACCUCCGUGACCUCUGGACGACUUUUCUGGACAUGCAAUGGCGCUACAAGUUCUUCCUGUUCUCUGCAACCUUUGCUGGGACCUGGUUCCUGUUUGGAGUGCUUUGGUACCUGGUGGCAAUGGUGCAUGGAGACUUACUGGAGUUUGACCCCCCCUCUAACCACACACCAUGUGUAAUGGAGGUGAAGACCCUGACAGGAGCCUUCCUCUUCUCCCUGGAGUCCCAGACCACAAUUGGCUAUGGUUUCCGGUGCAUAACCGAGGAGUGUCCUCUCGCCAUUAUCCUGCUCAUCUUUCAGCUGGUCAUCACCAUGGUGUUGGAGAUCUUCAUCACUGGCACCUUCCUUGCAAAGGUUGCUCGUCCCAAAAAGAGAGGUGAGACGGUAAAAUUUAGUCAACAUGCUGUUGUGUCAAAUUAUGAGGGGCGGCCUUGCCUCAUGAUCCGAGUGGCCAACAUGCGCAAAAGCUUGCUGUUAGGAUGCCAGGUGACGGGGAAGUUGCUUCAGACGUCCCUGACAAAGGAGGGCGAGACGGUGCGGCUGGACCAGCGGAACGUACCUUUCCAGGUGGACACGUCCAGUGACAGCCCCUUCCUCAUCAUCCCCCUUACCUUCUACCACAUCAUUGAUGACAACAGCCCCCUCAGAGCCUGGGCUGCGAAAGGUGGUGGCUGGACGGACCCAGAUCUAGCCGACUUUGAGCUGCUGGUGAUCAUGAGCGCCACUGUGGAGCCAACCUCCGCCACCUGCCAGGUCCGAACAUCCUACCUUCCGGACGAGAUCCUCUGGGGCUACGAGUUUCCCCCCGUCGUCUCUCUUUCCCCCUCAGGAAAAUAUGUGGCUGAUUUUGCCUUCUUUGACAAAGUGGCCAAAACCAAGACCCAGCCCCUAUUCAAGCAGGCCCUGCCGCCAAGCUCGCCAUCACAGGCGUCCCGUCACCAUGGUAGCAAAGAGGGAGAGACAGACCCGGAGAAGAUGCGACUAGAGGAGAGCUAUAGGGGGGAGGAGAAGGGGCGAGAGAGAGGGCGCAUCAGAGAUAGCAGCCCACUUAGUGUGCGUAUAAGUAAUGUUUGA